AUGCCAUAUCAAGAAGACUUUGCUGUUGAGCAAUUUAUGGAUAAAUAUGAGACUAGCAUUGUUCAUAAUAUGGGUGAGACAUGCUGCUACUCCUUGAAUCUUGAUGAAGUGUAUCAGUUGACCGGAGAGAAAUUCAGUUUCGAUGGAACAGUGAGACUUACUUACGGCUCGAUAAAAGGUUCUGAGGAGCUACGAUCGCUUGUUGCGGCUAUGUACUCCAAUGAAAGCAUAAAGCUUACGAAGGAUAAUGUUCUAAUUACCAAUGGAGCGAUCGGCGCAAACUUCUUGGUCAACUACACAUUGGUAGGGCCCAAUGAUCAUGUGAUUUGCGUGGAUCCCACCUAUCAGCAGUUGAAUAGUGUUCCCAAGAUGUUUGGUGCUGAUGUUGACCUUCUAGAGCUAAAGCGUGAGGAUGGAUGGACCCCCAACCUCAGCAAUUUAGAAGAUCUCAUAAAGCCCAACACAAAAUUAGUUGUCAUCAACAAUCCCAACAAUCCAUUGGGAAGUGUAAUUCCUACUGAACAAUUGAAGAAAGUCGCAGCGUUAUGCAAAAGACAUGGAAUUUAUGUUCUUAGCGAUGAGGUUUAUGCUCCACUUUUCCAUUCUUGCUCUCCACCACAAUCAUUUUGUCAGCUUUAUUCGCGGGGCAUCAUCACUGGUUCUAUGUCUAAGGCAUACUCGGCUGCUGGUUUGAGACUCGGAUGGAUCGUGAGCCAAGAUGUUCAAUUAUUGAAAGAUGCCGCGUCACGAAGAGAUUAUAACACAAUUUCAGUUUCGCAAGUUGAUGAUCAUAUUGCGUGCUAUAUGCUUAGAAACAGAAAGGCAAUUCUUGAACGAAACUUAAAAUUGUGCAAAGAAAACCUUGAAACACUUGAAAGUUUUGUAGCUUCUUCGGAGGGAAGGUUCUCUUUCGUGGUGAAGCCCCUAGGUGGAGCAGUUUGUUUGGUCAGCGUGAAUGGAAUUGAAGACACAGAGAAAUUUUGUGCAUCCCUUGCCGAGGACUACAAAGUAUUGUGUGUGCCAGGCGAGGUUUUUGGAAGACCAGGAACCAUUCGGAUAGGUUAUGGUAAUUCAGCAAAAGACCUAGAAAAUGCCUUGCCAAUCUUGCAGCAAGCCUAUGAUGAAUGGACAAUUAAGGUAAAGAUAUCAUCUUUAUAG